UCCGUGAAAAGGAUUUGGAAGCAUAACAGUGUGUAUGGUGUUCUGUUCUGUAUCUUCGAAAUCCAGAAGCCAUUAAUGCACUUUUCACAGCGUACGGAUCCGUCAGUUCUUCACACCAGACGCCAUUAACUCUCUCUCUCCUUUCUGGUCUUCCAUUUUUGUACUGAGACCCCUUUGAUUUCUCGCAAAUUUCCUCACUGCAUCGCCUUCUUUCUAACCGCCGAGUAGGGUUUACCGCUACUAUUGUGCGUUUUUCUUUCUUUAGAUUUCCGCGUACGGUUCGAUCCAUUGGUUUUGAUGCUGUCCUGCAUGGAUAUACAGUACAGUGGACAUUGAACCUGUCGGUUUAACCCAUAAACCCUAUUGUAUAGCCUAGAUAGAAGAUGCCUCUAUCUUCAGAUCAUAGACAUAGGUGGUAAAGAUAGUUUUAGAUAAGAACUCGCCUGCCAGAUCAGCCGGCGAAGGUUUUCAUUCGCCAAAAUGAUCAACAGACCACUUGUGCUGACUUACUUGUAUCUUUUCAUCUACAUUUUGCUAUCAUCUGGAGUUAUUUUGUACAACAAGUGGGUGCUCUCCCCAAAAUACUUCAAUUUUCCUUUGCCUAUUACACUUACAAUGAUUCAUAUGGGGUUUUCUGGUGCUGUUGCAUUCUUUCUUGUCCGUGUGUUCAAGGUUGUAUCUCCAGUCAAAAUGACUUUUGAAGUAUAUGCAACGUGUGUCAUCCCAAUUAGCGCAUUUUUUGCAUCAAGUCUUUGGUUUGGCAACACUGCCUACUUACACAUAUCUGUGGCCUUCAUUCAGAUGCUUAAGGCUUUAAUGCCAGUAGCCACAUUUUUAAUGGCUGGUGUGUGUGGCACCGACAAGUUAAGGUGUGAUGUUUUCUGCAACAUGUUGCUGAUCAGUGUUGGGGUUGUCAUUUCCUCAUAUGGAGAGAUCCAUUUUAAUGUAGUAGGUACGGUUUACCAGGUCACGGGUAUCUUUGCAGAAGCUCUCAGGCUAGUCUUGACGCAGGUCCUUCUACAAAAGAAGGGCUUGACUCUAAAUCCUAUCACCAGCUUAUAUUACAUUGCUCCAUGCAGUUUUGUUUUCCUCUUUGUUCCUUGGUACUUGUUGGAGAAGCCAGAAAUGCAAGUUACUCAAAUUCAGUUCAACUUCUGGAUCUUUUUUUCCAAUGCACUGUGUGCCUUGGCAUUGAACUUCUCUAUUUUCUUAGUAAUUGGAAGAACUGGAGCAGUUACUAUUCGAGUUGCUGGUGUUCUCAAGGACUGGAUACUAAUAGCCCUCUCGACUGUUAUAUUUCCUGAAUCUACAAUAACUGCCUUGAAUAUCACUGGCUAUGCAAUUGCAUUGUGUGGCGUCCUCAUGUAUAAUUACUUAAAGGUCAAGGAUGUUCGUGCAUCUCAAUUGUCUUCUGAAAGCAUUCCAGACAGAAUCAUAAAGGACUGGAAGUUAGAGAAGAAGUCGUCCGAUAUAUUCAAGCCAGAUAGCAACGAUGGCAAUGGUGGCAAUGGUUCGUCCGACAUGAAUAUCGAUGAAGAGGCACCUUUGCUUGCAUCAUCAAGGUUGUCGCAUAUUGGUCGCACGCAGGUUGGUAACCACAAUCAGUAGUGAUAUAUAAAUAUGGAUAUGAAUAUGAAUAUGAAUCCCUAGGAAGAAGGAAAAAAGAAAGAUAAGAAAUAGGAAAUAUUGAAUGCAAGUUGUUUUGAUAUGAUGAGAUGAGAUGAGGCGAGGCGUUUUGUGAGGUUUAGAAAGCAACAAUUAUGGAUCAAAUUGAUUUUGUGGCAUAGAGAGAUAUUGGGGAUUGGGAGUGGUGGGAGCCUUGUUGUUGCUAUUGGCUUAUUAUAACAAUGGGCUCUUGAUUUAGAACAAUUCUUUUAGCCUAAGUCAUGUAAUUGUAUUCUUUGGAUGACAUGACACAGACCUUUCUUUUGGAGCAGUAAGUACACAACUUUGCAGUCUUUUGAUC